UUUUUCUCUUUUCCUUACACACAUUCCAUCAUGACCACUAUCGAUGACCAGGCCACAGGCCUCAACCUUCCUGACAGCGAGAUCGAGUCCAACUGGGACGAAGUCGUCGACAAUUUCGACAACAUGAACCUCAACCCGGAUCUCCUUCGCGGAAUCUACGCUUAUGGUUUCGAGCGCCCUUCCACCAUUCAACAGCGUGCCAUCCUUCCCGUGCUCAAGGGCCGUGAUGUCAUUGCGCAAGCCCAAUCCGGAACAGGAAAAACGGCCACCUUCUCCAUCUCAGUGCUACAACAGCUCGAUAUGACCAACCCACAGUGCCAGGCGCUGAUUCUCGCCCCGACCCGUGAGCUGGCCCAGCAGAGUCAAAAGGUUGCAUUGGCACUGGGCGACUUUAUGAAGGUGCAGUGCCAUGCUUGCAUCGGAGGCACCAACGUCCGGGAUGACAUGGCUCUUCUUACCAAGGGAUGCCAUGUUGUUGUCGGAACACCCGGUCGUGUCUUUGACAUGAUCAACCGAGGGGCCCUCAAGACCGAUUCCAUCAAGAUGUUUGUUUUGGAUGAGGCGGAUGAGAUGCUCUCGAGAGGUUUCAAGGACCAAAUCUAUGAUGUCUUCCAGCGACUGCCAUCCAGCACCCAGGUCGUGCUCUUGUCUGCGACCAUGCCCGUGGAUGUCAUGGACGUCACAAGCAAGUUCAUGCGGGACCCUAUUCGAAUCUUGGUCAAGAAGGACGAGCUGACGCUUGAGGGUAUCAAGCAGUUUUACAUCAAUAUCGAGAAGGAGGACUGGAAGCUGGACACGUUGUCUGACCUUUAUGAGACCCUGACCAUCACCCAGGCGGUCAUCUUCUGCAACACCCGCAGAAAGGUUGAUUGGCUAACGGACAAGCUGAGUGCCCGUGAUUUCACCGUCUCAGCGAUCCACAGUGAGAUGGAGCAGGCCCAGCGUGAGGUUAUUAUGAAGGAGUUCCGCUCAGGAUCGUCCCGUGUGCUGAUUGCGACGGAUUUGCUGGCACGUGGUAUCGAUGUGCAGCAGGUCUCCCUUGUCAUCAACUAUGACCUGCCGACCAACAAGGAGAAUUACAUCCAUCGUAUCGGUCGUGGAGGUCGUUUCGGACGCAAGGGUGUGGCGAUCAAUUUUGUUACGAUGGAGGACACGCCGAUGAUGCGGGAGAUUGAGAAAUUUUACUCGACCCAGAUCUUGGAGAUGCCCAUGAAUGUUGCUGAUCUCAUCUGAGCAAACAUAAGACACAGAAACCUUGUUUUCCCGCCAUAUACUCUUCUUUUCUAUGAGUAGCCCCCCCCCCCAUCAGCACUGAUUUGAACCAACAAUAAACAUCUGUAUUUGUAUGAACCAUGCAACUGAGCACAACGUGGG